CCUAAAAUCAAUACUUUUUUCUUUCACUCUUCAAUACAUGAAGACAAAUCGAAAAUUCAGAAAGCCACAACCUUCUUAUUCCAAGUUGGAAUUAGAAGAGAUUAUCGGAUUAACGGUGUCGAAUCGCAACGCGUUAGCUUCCUCCAGCGUUUUCUCCAACGAUUCUAAGCUCGUGUACACUGCAGGUUGUGUUGUGGUGAUUUAUGAUGUUGAUUUGGGGACGCAAUCGCACCUUAUGGUGUCUAAUCGUUCGCCUAAACCGUUGGGUUGUGUUGCGGUUUCACAAGACGGAAGUUACAUCGCGGCUGGAGAGUCAGGACAUCAGCCUGCCAUAGUAGUAUGGAGCUCUGCAACUUUGGCCCCUAUUGCCGAACUGAAAGGUCAUCGAUAUGGAGUAGCUUGCACUGCUUUUUCACCCGAUGGUAAACAUCUAGUAUCAGUAGGAACCCCUCAAGAUGGUAACCUCUGUCUUUGGGAUUGGCGAAGUGGGUCACUAUUCAAAAAGCUGAAAACAUGCUCGCCCUUCUCUGAUGUCUCCUCAGUUAGUUUUUCAGCAGAUGCAAGUUCCAUCUUGACUGCCGGAAAGAGGCAUAUAAAGAUAUGGGCCGUUGGAUUAAGUACAAAAUCUCGAGCCAAAAAUGAGGCAGUAUCACUAACAAUGCAUGGAAAACACGUAAAUCUUGGUCAAUAUAAAGGUUGUACGUUUGUAGAUAUUACAUCUCCCUUUAAGAUUAAUGGGAAUGUGGUUGAUGAAAAGGGUGGUGAUUCUGUACUUGUGUAUGCCCUGACAAGUUCAGGUGUUCUGUGUGUCUUGCAUGGUGGGUUGACAAUCACACAUUCAGUGAAUCUAAAGGUUGAGAAGGCUUAUGCACUAUCCGCAUCACAAGAGUUCAUUUCAUGUGCAUGCAACAAUGGAAUUGUAAAGUUGUACACUGUUUGUUCCCUUGAAUAUGCUGGAGAAUUACCAUAUAGUGAAGACAAACAAAAUAACAAUACAACCAACACCCAACUGGCUACUUUUCCAGAUGCAAUAGCUUGUCACUUUUCUACAUCAGAAAAGCUUGUGGUGGUUUACAGAGAUUGCAGUCUCUAUAUUUGGAAUAUUCAUGGAAAAUUCCAGGCUACCAAAUGUUGUGUGCUUGUUUCACAUGGUGGCUGUAUAUGGGAUAUCAAGAAUCUUUCAUGUGAAAACAUGCAUGAUUCAUCUCUCGCAUGUGUUGCUAGAGGUUGCACUGGUGGAGUUUCCUUUGCAACAUGUUCAGCCGAUGGGACUAUUAGGUUAUGGGAUAUGACCCUGCAAUCUGUAUCAAUAGAAAGAAGGUCAACUCUAUCCACAGGUCAACAUCAUGCCACUACUGAACCACCAAGUGUUGGAACUUUUGAACAUGAAUCGGCUGUGUCAGGUGUUAUCUCUAAAGGGUAUCGAGCUAUCGCAGCUAGUUCAGACGGAAAGUACCUUGCUGCUGGUGAUUCUGAUGGAAACCUACAUAUCUUUGACUUAUUUACAUCCGACUAUAAAAGGAUACAGGAUUCUCAUAAAGGAGAAGUUCUUUCUUUAAGUUUCAGCUUACCUGUCAAUGACUCAGAAAACUACUACUUUCUAGCUUCAGGUGGAUAUGAUAAAAUGAUACAUCUUUUUGAUGUAAAAAGGAAUUUUGAUCUGGUUGCAAGUAUUGAUGAGCAUUUGGCUCCUGCGUCUUCAGUAAAGCUCACCGGAAAUGGGCGCAGAAUUAUCACUUGUGGUUCUGAUAAGUCUUUAAUCUUUUGUGAUGUUGCUGGAAGAAAUGAUGAUUAUAAUAUUUCUCUUUCACAUCAGCAAAAAACAUGUCAUGGAACUAUAAAUGAUAUAGCCAUUGAUCCAAGUACACGAAUUGCUGUUACAGUGGGACAGGAUAAGAAGAUUAAUAUGAUCGACAUCGCCUCUGGGAAAGUAAUUAAAUCAUUUAAGCAGGGUGGAGAUUUUGGGGACCCAAUAAAAGUUUCUUUGGACGCGAGUUGUAGCUAUGUGGCGUGCUCUUACUCUGAUAAGUCUAUUUGUGUGUAUGAUUUUGUGAGUGGCGAGAUGGCUGCACGUGCAAUGGGGCAUGGUGAAGGCAUCAAUGGAAUCAUCUUUUUACCUGACUGCAAACACCUUGUUUCUGUGAGUAGUGAUGGUUGCAUAUUUGUUUGGAAAGUACCAGCAGUUUUUACGUCAAGGAUGUUGCAGAGGAUCAAGGACAGUUCUUGUCCAUUGUCUCUAAAUGCUAUUGUUGAGUCCACAUCUAUGAAGUCUCUAGCUGCUAUUGCUCAGUCCACAUCUAUGAAUGGAAACAAAUGCUAUGAAGAAAAUUAUGUCAGACCGCGAUUCACACGGACACCUAUGCAUCGUGAACCUAAAGGCCUAAAAGAGACGCCAACAUUUAAAUUUAGCAUAUCCAGGCUUCCACAGUGGGCAAAAUCUAAAGUCACAAGUCCUUUUGUUAUCCCCUUGGGUCCUAUAUCAUCCGAGGUAGUUGGACUAGAAGAACACUCUCCCUUAAAACUGAUAGAUGAGAUAAAUGAUCCUGAUAACCUAGCACUUCAUACUCCAUCCAACCACAAUGAUCUCAGUAACAGCAAAGGUUCAACCACCCUUGGAAGUUGCAGGAGUUUUGCAUUGGACAGGCGCUGGCUCACCAUUCAUACUGUAUGCUUAGAUCUUUCACAUUCUCCUGAGGUUUUCAACACGAGGAAACAAAUGAUGCCCUUCACUUCAAAUUCUUCACAAUGUGAUGCUUUAGAGGCAACAGACAAUGAGUCCGUGAAGCAUCCUGAGAUCAAUAUUUCAUUAAACCACAUGUCUUCCAAUAGCAAUUGUAAGCUUGGACAGGCUGGAUGCGUAAAUGUUCAUAUCGGAUUAAAUGAUUCUGGCUGUUUGAGCCAUCAGUAUCAGUCGAGUAAUGCAUGUGUUUCGGGGGAAGAAUAUGGCAAUGAAAAUUUAGAUCAGCUGCAACUCUCUGCACCGGAUAACCAAGUCAUUAAUAAUUCAGAAAUUUCAAAGAUAGAGUACCCGUCUUUGACAGAACAAGUAGAUUCAGAACUGGGAAGUAGUUACCAACAGGGUAUGAUGGGCCCAAACUCACCAAAGAACUUACUAACCAAGAACGACAUUGCCUCCCAAAAGAAUUCAUGUUCUUCCUCGUCAAUGUCAUUAAAAGUCAAAACAGCGAAGAUCAGUGGACAACAAGAGUGUGAGAUCACAAGAGAUGAAAAGCAAAUGUCAUUCGACGCUUGUAAGGAAGCAUUAAGAAAUUUAGAUACCUCAAGCAAGAUCGCCCUUGAGGCAUUUUCCAAACUAAGAGACAUACAAUCAAAAUACAAGAAUUCAGAAGGACCGGAUUCUUUGUUUUGUUCAGAGGCAGCUGAAUUGCUUCCAUCAAUCGCCAAAAAUGUGCAGGAAAUUGCCAAGUUUGCAAAUUCUUGUGGAUAAAGAGGAUAUCCCAUAUUUGAACCGUUAGGAAAGUUAGCAGAUAGUUUAUGACAAAAAGAUGUAUAAAGGAAUGGUGACAUUGUGCCUUUCAAAUAAAGAAAAGGAAGGGUGACGUUGUUGUUGGGUAUUAGCAAAUGGCAAUUUGGGUGCUAGUUAUUAAUAAAGAUGCAGUUUA